AUGGCAGCCCAGGCUCCCACCGAGGCUCUGAAGGAGCUCAAAGUGGAUGACACAUCCGCCAAGGUGAACGGCAAGGCUGGCGACGCCAACGACGACGAGCACGUAGACGACUCCGAGGAGGAGGACGGCGCUGCCCCGGGCGCGACGGGCGCCGCCAAGAAGAAGAAGAAGAGAAAGCCCAAGAAGAAGAAGAAGGCCACGCCGACGAGCCAGACGUACCCCCCCACCGUCAAGGUCAGCCUCCUGUUCCCCAACAAGGACUACCCGCCCGGCGAGGAGGUCGAGUACAGGGAGGACAACAGCUACCGGACCACGAGCGAGGAGAAGCGCCACCUGGACAACCUGAACAGCGACUUCCUGACCGACUACCGCGAGGCCGCAGAGAUCCACCGCCAGGUCCGGCAGUAUGCGAAGAAGUCGAUCAAGCCCGGGCAGACGCUGACGGAGAUCGCCGAGGGCAUCGAGAACAGCGUCAGGGCGCUCACGGGUCACGACGGCCUGACUGAGGGCGAUGCGCUCAUCGGCGGUAUGGGAUUCCCCUGCGGCCUGAGCCUGAACCACUGCGCCGCCCAUUACACCCCCAACGCCGGGAAUAAGAUGGUCCUGAGCCAGGAGGACGUGAUGAAGGUGGAUUUCGGCGUGCACGUCAACGGCAAGAUUGUCGACUCGGCCUUCACCGUGGCGUUCGACAACAAGUACGACAACCUGCUCAAGGCCGUCCAGGAGGCGACCAACGCGGGGAUCCGCGAGGCGGGCAUCGACGCCCGCGUGGGGGAGAUUGGCGGCGUCAUCCAGGAGACGAUGGAGAGCUUCGAGGUCGAGAUCGACGGGCAGACCUACCCCGUCAAGAGCAUCCGCAACCUGACGGGCCACAACAUCCUGCCCUACAGCAUCCACGGCACCAAGGCCGUGCCCAUCGUCAAGAGCAACGACAGCACCAAGAUGGAGGAGGGCGACGUCUUCGCCAUCGAGACGUUUGGCAGCACGGGCAACGGCUACGUGAGGGACGACAUGGAGACGUCGCACUACGCCAAGAACAAGGACGUCGGCCACGUGGACCUGCGCCUCAGCUCGGCCAAGUCGCUGCUCAGCGUGAUUAACAAGAACUUUGGGACGCUGCCGUUCUGCAGGCGGUACCUGGACCGCAUUGGCCAGGACAAGUACCUGCUCGGGCUUAACAAUCUGGUCAAUGCCGGUGUUGUUGACGCCUACCCGCCCUUGUGUGACAAGAAGGGCUCGUACACUGCUCAGUUCGAGCAUACUAUUCUGAUUCGACCCACUGUGAAGGAGGUCAUCUCUCGCGGAGACGACUAUUAA